GCAUGAUGUGAUUUAUGAGAACUGUGGGCCACUGAUGUGUCAAACAACUGAGCAUUCCUAGCUCGUUCAAAUACUAGCUCCUCGCUGCCACCAUGGCCUCUUCUAAACCCCUCUACCAUAUAAUCUCGUCUUCCAGCACCCAUGGGCCGAGUUUCCGAGCCACAGGAUGUCUCUUCUUCAGCUCAGGGUACUCAUUAUGAGAUUUCGACAGAGACACACCACGCUUUGUCGGCAUGGUUCAUAGGUCCGAAAGCUGAGAACAGCAAUCUCGUGAAGAAGUACUUCAGCGACAUCGUAGACCGCAUCGGAAAGGAACGCCACGACUAUUAUCCUGCUGAUCCGGAAUUUAUUACAUCCGCCGCUCAGGCCUCCGAGUCGUACUUGCGUGAAGUGAAAGAUACUGAGCGAUACCUCACGUUUAUCACAGAUCUUAUGUCGCGGUACUCGUUGCCCUACUUCUCUCCGCGAUACCUCGGCCACAUGUGCUUUGACAAUUCCGUUCCGGCGACGCUGGGGUACCUGGCUGCUAUGCUGCACAAUUCGAACAAUGUCGCGGUCGAGGCAAGCCCACUCACAAGCUAUGUGGAGCACUGUGUCGGACAACAGCUGUGCAAGAUGCUAGGAUACCGCACAACCGAGGACACGAAAGACGGCUCCUACAAGGGUUGGGGUCAUGUAACUUGCGAUGGCUCCAUUGCGAAUCUCGAAUCGAUGUGGUGAGCACCCCAGUUGGUAUUCACAGCAUUGAACUUGAAGCUCACCCUGUAUAUCAGGGUCGCUCGUAAUCUCAAGUAUUACCCUCUGUCUCUCAAAUGGGCUAUUGAAGAGGACGAACUUGGUUUCAUCGCAUCUAACUUCACUAUUCCGCUCACGCGACAGGAAGGGAAGCCUGUUCUGUUCGUAAAUGCCGU